AUGGCUGGGUUCGAAGACCUUUUCGCCCAAUUCUGCAACCAAGAUAAGGCUCGUCCGUCUGGAGUUCAUGAAAAGAGAACUUUCAAUGGUCACUGCCAUUGCAAUCGUAUCCAGUUCAACAUUACUCUACCUACGGCAUCUUUCCCACUACGCAGCCUGCUGUGCCACUGCAGUGCUUGUCGGUACACGCACGGCACCUUCGCGAGUUCUAACGUCAUCUUGCCUCCGGGUGUCGAGCCGCAAUGGAUCAACGGUUCAUCCAGAGGUGAUCUAAAGGGCUACGAAAAGCUGGGCGGGAGAGGAGAGCGAUGGUUCUGCCCCACGUGCGGGAGUCAUGUCGGACACUUUGGCCCCAGCUACAGUCAGUGGUCAGUGGCUUGGGGGAUCUUUGACGACAAGUUCUGGCAGCUGAGCUUCCACACAUUCCCCAAAUCAGCUCCCGGGGGCGGUAUAGUGCAUUGCCUGUCUGAGGUCGCUGGCAAGGAGGUCUUGCACCUGAGUUCUGGCACGCAAGACUUGCCAGAGGAGUGCCAGCAAGAAAUCGGCUCUGAUGGUGAGGAAAGGCUGCGAGCCAGAUGCUGCUGCGGCGGCGUAUCGUUUACCAUCUCGCGGCCUACUCAAAAGAUCAUGGACGACGAUUAUAUGCGCAAGUAUGUCUCGCCGACGGACCCGAACAAGUGGAAGGCGUUCCUGGACCUCUGUCGCGACUGUGGUCGUCUUUCGGGUACGAGCGUUGUACCAUGGCUGCUGGUGCCACGUACAGCCCUCGAGCCUGAAGUGCCGCCAGAUCUAACGCUCGGGUCAAUCAAAACCUACAAGUCCUCUGAGCCUACUACGCGAGGAUUCUGCGGGGUCUGUGGUGCAACAGUUUUCCUGGCCACUACUGAUCGAAUGCCGACUGAAAGGCAAGCGAUACUAAACGUUGCAAUGGGCGUACUGCGGGCACCUGAAGGCGUCACAGCGGGAAACUGGGUUUCCUGGAGAACAGCAAAGGUCGCGUGGGCUGAUGACGCACGGAGGUACGAUGCCGACUUUACAAAUGCCUUAUUGGUAGGGCAUGAGGAUUGGGGUAUCAAGACGACAGGAGGAACGCUGGAUUUUGCUGUCAUGUAUUAG